CUUGAUCGCAACAAUCUACCAACGAAGUCGCCAACGAGCUGCCAGACGCAGGCAUUAUGGCGGAUCCAAUCAACCCUCUGGAGCCGUCGCAACAACUGGCUGCGGGAUCUGAGGCCACACAGGGAAGCGCGAAUCCGCAGAGCGAAAUUCUACCUGGCGACUCAGCCACUACCAAAGCCGAGAAGAUCGAGCGGCACGGGGACUUGAAUGGACAGACGCAUCUCGGAGAAGAUUUCCAGGAGUCUCCGCGGAAGAGAGUCAAGGUUGAACACGACAGCUCCGCUGUCAAUGGAGGACCUGACGUACCAGUCGCUGGCGAGAUCAAGAAUGAGACAGCGCCUCGGCCAGAACGACAGAAAGGCGUGGCACCUAUCAAAAAGGAAUACCUGAUCGAUGUCUCGAGUCUGCAGUGGACAAAUGCUUCGUACGAUGACGAUGCUGCAGAGGCAGGUGGUAAGUCAGAAGUACAACCCGUAGCUGGUCGUGGCGGCAAGAAGAGCAAACAGGGACAGAACAAGGGUCGCAAUUUUGGAAGUUCGCGAGAUGCAAUUGCUCUAUGCAGGACCAGGCACUGGGCGAACGAGUUUGAUCCUGUCAAUUGCCCAUAUGGAGAUAAAUGCAGGAUGGAGCACGACAUUCGCAAAUAUCUGAAAGAAGGUAAGCGAGAAGACAUGCAAACGUUCAAUGGCAAAUGCCCGAUCUUCGAAACCAAGGGAAAGUGCAAGGACGGGUGGAAAUGUCGGUGGGCUAGCAGUCACUCAAAGGAGAUCGACCGAGAAGACGGGCGGAAGGAGCUGGUGCAAGCACACAGCGAGGGGAGCAAUGGCAACCAAGGUGCGCCAGACCAGGCUGCAGAUGAAGAUGAGCAAGACGGUGCUGGAGUCGUGAAUGUUUUGAGUAACGCCGACAAGAUCACUCUCCGGAAGAAGAAGUGGCCAACUCCAAAGUCGGAGACAUAUUUGAAGUGGCUCAACAGCCAACUUGGCGAGGACGGGAACAAAAUCAGAGAAGAUCAAGAAGAGAAUCGUGCGAUGUAUACUGAGCCUCCACUUCGUCCAUCGGAGAAGCGACGCAUCUACUACGGACCCGAGACACCGGUAUUGGCACCUUUGACCACCCAGGGCAAUUUGCCCUUUCGCCGACUCUGUACAGGGCUGGGAGCUCAAGUGACAUGGUCGGAAAUGGCCAUGGGUCUUCCACUUCUCAAUGGCGAGAAAGGAGAGUGGGCUCUUGUCAAGGCGCAUGAGUCCGAGCUCGUCCCGCCUGCCUAUUCCCCAAAGGAUCCAGUCAAGGAUUAUGACAACAGCAAGGACAUCCGAUUUGGCGUCCAAAUCGCAGCAAAUAAGCCGUGGCUCGCUAUCAAGACGACUGAAGUUCUGACAGCGCUAUGCCAUCAACUUCGAGCGAUAGACUUGAACUGCGGGUGUCCGAUCGAUCUUGUCUGUCGUACUGGUGCAGGUUCUGCCUUGCUCGACGCCCAGGGGAAGCUGGAGAAGCAAUUGCGCGGAAUGAACACCGUAUCUGGAGAGAUCCCCAUCACAGUGAAGAUCCGCAUGGGCACGAAAGACAAAUAUCCAAAUGCAACCAAGCUGGUUGAAAGACUCAUUCUCGGUGGACAAGAUGCCCAGGAUGCGAACCUUGGACCUGCUGGCGUGGCGGCUAUCACCCUCCACGGACGCUCUCGACAGCAGCGAUACACCCGAGAAGCCAACUGGGAGUACAUCGCCGAAUGCGCCAGCCUAGUGAAGCGACUCAGAGCUAAGGAGGCGGAUCUUGCCGAUACCGUUCGAGAGGCGGAUGCCCGAGAUAUGCCGAAUACACAAGAUGGACUGCCGUACUUCUGUGGCAAUGGCGAUAUUCUUUGUUUUGACGAUUACAACAACCAUAUUCAGCAGGCCAACGUCGACAGUAUUAUGAUUGGUCGCGGUGCCCUCGUCAAGCCGUGGAUCUUCGAAGAAAUUAAGUCAGAGCAGAACAUUGACAAAACUGCAUCUGAGCGCCUUGGCUACAUUGAGCAGUUCUGCCGCAAUGGUCUCGAAUAUUGGGGAGCAGACGAGAUGGGAGUAGGCAACACGAGACGUUUCUUACUCGAAUGGCUCAGUUUCAGCUGUCGUUAUGUUCCGAUCGGUCUGUUGGAGCACAUGCCACCCAAGUUCGGCGAUCGGCCGCCAGCAUUCCGUGGACGCAACGACCUUGAGACUCUCCUCUCCAGUGCCAAUUAUAAAGACUGGAUCAAGAUCAGUGAGAUGUUCUUGGGUCCAGCCCACAAAGACUUUCAGUUUCAGCCAAAGCACAAAAGCAACAGCUAUGAGAUCGAAGCCGAGGGCUGAUAGGACCAUGUCGCUCAAUCGAGUGCAAUGGCGCCAUGCUCAGCAAUUGCAGCUGGCACUUUAGAUAGAAGCAGCCCAGGCAUCGUCAUCCAUCCAGCUGACGAGACAUACCGGCCAUGCGCAUGGUGACGAUGUGAUCGGAUUGCAGGCACGCUUUGGCGAUGUACUCGGGCAGCAUGGCGUCUUGAGCAUCUCCAUUCGUCAGAAGAGCGAGGCACAAUGCAUCUACAGCACACCGGUGAAAGCUGCUAUCCUCCAGUAGCAUCGGCAGCCACUAUUAGUGUCCUUUUGUUUGGACAGAGACUUGGUUGUGCUGUCAGCACUCAGAGCUCACCAAGUGGUCACCUCGAGGUACACAAGUGGAUGCGCAUGAGAUCCGCGACCACAACCAUGCCUGACCAGGCCUCAGCAUGGGCGGCUCAGUAGCGACAGUCGCCCAUCAGGCAGGGAUUGAUAUCGCCAUAGUCGUGAAAUCUAGGACGACUGGCUGACAGUCUGUUGAGAUGCAGUUUGUCCACACACGGCGCAUCGAGGAGGUUGGUGACGAAGGUCCACGCAGGUCCGAAAGCGGGAAGCGAUUCGUUCACCGUUUGGUCCGUGUGCUUGAGAUCUGGUAGGGAUCUUGCAGACGUUGCACGCUCGUUUUGCGCCUGUUGAACAUCCGCUGGGCUGGCACGGGACGGUGGAAUGGAGGGGUAGCAGGUCCAACGUCGCGGCCAGCCUAUCAGUAUUAUCUCUUGACUUCACCACCAUGGCUUCUCUUGUAUACUCCAUCAACUUAUAAAGAG